AUGGGUGGAAAACUGUCGCCGUUCUGGAGAACACCUGACCGAAAGGAGAGUGAAGGCAGACUGAUUUUCCCCAGGCAUCAGGAUGCUGAAGAUGAAAUCGCCAAUUACGCCAGCAUCAACGACGCUGCUAUGCCCUGCGUGCCCUGUGCGGGCGUUGCACAUGGAAGCUGUGUCAGCUGUCCAACCUGUCAGGGAACAGGGAGGAUCCCCAGGGAGCAAGAGAAGGAACUGGUGGCUCUGAUUCCAUACGGUGACCAGCGGCUGAAGCCAAGGCGAACGAAACUCUAUGUGUGCCUCGCUGUGACAACCUGCCUGCUGACCACGUCCCUCAGCAUUUUCUUCCUGUUUCCUCGCUCCAUUGCUGUGCUGCCUGCCGGGCUGAACGCCUCCUCCGUCGGCUUUAGUGCCGCCACCACCAGCGUGUACCUCAACCUGACGAACACGCUGAACAUAACUAACAACAACUUCUACCUGGUCACUGUUGUGCAUCUGGAUGUAGAGGUUUUGCACCAGUCCCUGGUAGUAGGGAAGGUGACCGUGGAAACCCUGCUGCGCGUGAGCCCUUUGCGGAGCAGCCAGAUCAAUUAUAUGGUGGCCAGCAGGAUACUGGACAACAACACCUAUAACAUUUGCACCUGGACAAAAGUCAAAGUUCACAAUGUUCUGCUGCACAUACAGGGUACCCUGACCUGCACGUACCUGUGUCAUUCAGAGCAGCUGGCUUUCGAAGACUACCAGUACGUGGACUGCCGGGGGAAUGCCACACUCCCUCCCACACUGUAG